UCCUGCCGCUCCCCCCUCUGUAUAUUUCCGCCUAUCCGGUGUUUCCAGGAUUCAUUCAUCUCUGCCAGAGCUGCGGCUCGGUCUGCUCUGACAGCGUCCUACCAUCCAUCCACUCGUCUCUCCACCGAUCUGUCUCCAUCCCUCCUUCUAAUCCAGCUGCGUGUCGGAUCUCCAUCUCAGAAGGUCAAACGUCCCUUUCAUCCACGGAGCCAACUUUUCCUCUUCGUUCCUCCCCUCCUGAUCUACAUUUUAUCCCCUCCAGAUCGGCGGGGAUUAUUUCUCCAGUCCGCUGCCGUUUCCUCCGGCCGGAUCAGAGGAUGGUCGGCUGAAGUCGGAGCUCACUGAUCGGCCGGCUGAGCGUUGCUGCUGGCAGCUGCUGUCAUGGCCAAAAGCCCCGAGGUGAAGCUGGCUGUGUUCGGCAAGGCGGGGGUGGGCAAGUCAGCGAUGGUGGUGAGGUUCCUGACCAGACGCUUCAUCUGGGAGUACGACCCAACACUGGAAUCUACGUAUCGUCACCAAGCCAACAUUGACGAUGAGGUUGUCACCAUGGAGAUCCUGGACACUGCAGGCCAGGAGGACAUCCAGCAGAAGGAAGGUCACAUGCGCUGGGGUGACGGAUUCAUCAUCGUCUAUGACAUCACAGAUCGGGGAAGCUUCGAGGAGGUAGCCCCUCUCCGAACUCUCCUGGAGGAGGUGAAGAAACCAAAGAACGUUCCUCUAGUGCUGGUGGGGAACAAGUCUGACCUGGACCACGUCCGGCAGGUCCCCACAGAGGAAGGCGAGCGGCUGGCGGCUGAAAUGGCCUGUGCCUUCUACGAGUGUUCGGCCUGCGCCGACGAGGGCGGCGUAGUGGCCGAGGCGUUCCACGAGCUGUGCAGGGAGGUGAGACGCCGCAAAGCCGUCCAGGGCAAGGCCCGCCGCCGCAGCUCCACCACGCACGUCAAGCAAGCCAUCAACAAGAUGCUGACCAAGAUAAGCAGCUAGGGACGAGUCCUGCUGGCGCCCAGUGAUGAAUGGAAAUGUUCUGUUUUUCUCAUGGAAAUAAUUGAGACAAUUUCUGACUGCAAAAUGAUUGACUUGUGGCUAACGUAUAGUGGAGUCUCCAUGUUCUAUGACUGAUUGACAUUGAAGAAGACAGGAGGGCUAUGAGUCUUCUCUUUGGAGGAGCUGGAAGUUCUUAAUGUUCCCUUAUUCAGACCUUUCAGCUAAUUCAGUGCAUGGAGUUACAUGGUAACUUAAUGUGGCAUAUCAGUUAUAUGUUGAGGCUCAGAUAUUUCUGGCAUGAGCAGAAAUAUCUGCUCAUGCAGGUAUUUUACAUUUUUACACAAAAAAAUGUAAAACAGUUUCUUACUCCAGAACGACUCGUUAUUCCCAUUUCAAAAAGGCGUUACCUUAAUAAGAUUGAAAUGUGACGCUGCUUUAGUUUAGUCAGUUGUCUAUUUUCAACUGAAUUUGUAGUUGUUGGAACAGAGAGAAGUGUACCACCUGACCAGCAGUGUGCAGCAUCAGUUGGGGGAAUGCCAGUCCUGUGUUACUCUGUUUUCCAUCCAGCCCCCCCCCCAAAAAAAGACCAAAAAACUAAAAGAACGACUUAAUGGAAAACUUUAGUGGUUUUAAAACCUGAUACUGGUAAUGGACACAUGCCUAGUCGAGUCUUUUGGCUUUUUAUUGGUCAUAAUUCCCUCUAUAACUCCCUUUAAAUUAUUUUGUAAGCCGAGGGAUUUCUGAAACUGAUGGAGGCGGGAUAUCCAAAGUGACAUGCACGGAAUCUUAAGAGUUCAUGAUUAAACAGGAUUUAUUGCAGCUGGUCUCUGUGGGAUAAAUGUGAUCUGCUUCAACAAACAUGAGAACUCUUCUGGCAACAAAAAAAUAUUCCCAACAACACCAAGUUCAGAGGAGUGUUGCUUGAUGAGGAUGGAUCCCAUUGUUCUUCACUGGGAUCCAUCCUCCAGUGAAGAACACAAAAUUUCUGACUCCGUCCUGGAAAAUCUGCUCUGUAGUAAAUACGUCUAAGUUGGAUUAAGAUCUUGGGCGCUGCAGCCGACUCUCAGGCCCUCUGUGUUUGUCUGGGACGCACCACAGCAAAGGUCCAGAUCAUGUCGGAGCUCAUGACUGUAGGUCACUGCUGCGUUCUGUAAAUAUACAAAGGGAAGUGACGGCGCAUUCUGAGGAUUUCCUUCUGUUUAUCCUUUAAACAGCAGCAUCUAUUAAAUGCAAUGUUUGUGUUUGUUGUCUGAUCUAAACCAAUCAGCUGUACACUUGGAAUUAAACACUGAUGUAUCCAACCUGUA